AUGUUGCUGCCACUGCUGGGCACCUGCACUGUGGUGGGGCCAUUCCAGGGCCCUGAGUGAAAGCCAGUAAGGGGCCUGCUCACUGUGGAUCACAGCUGCAGCCCCGGAUGCUGAGGCAACCUGCUUGUCUGCCUCUUUUUGAUCUGGCAGGUCUAGCACUAUUGGCACCAGAUCACCAGGAUACCCCCCAGCAUGAGGAAGGUCAUCAAGGUGCCACCACAGAAGUGGGCAGUGCCCUUCACAAGACAUGACACUUGUCUUAGAAUGACCCCUAAGUUACUCUUCAGUCCUGGCAAGUUCAGGGGACUGGGUGCUCAUGUUCAACAAUGGGCACAAAAGAAGAGAUGGGAAUACUGGAGGAGCCUCCGGGAAUCAGGGGCCCAAUACAUGCUCUCUUGGCAGCACCCAUGCCAGUGCCCACCUUGGGAUUUCCAUACCCCUUCUGAGCCCACCUUUUGCACCAUGUGCUUUUCAAGCACCUGUAUGCUCCCUCAGAACAGUCCUUGGGAUAUAUGGCAGAUACCCUGGUGUCUCAGUGAUGAGCACCCUCACCUGACUUGCAAGCCACUGCUUCCUGACCCGGACAUGUAUCAUCAAAGGAUGGAGCAACCGCCAGUCCACUCCUAGCAACAGUUAGUGACAUUGGAGCCUAUUGUCAGCAUGAGGUUCCAUCCCACCUCCAUGACUCUAGCCACUGCUCUCCCAAACCUCCGUUCAUUUCAGAGGCCGCAGUUCUGCUCCAGAGAAUUCCUGCCUUUUCCUUCCAAUCAACAAGUGGGAAUACCCACCUGGAAGUCCUGGGACUGUCCACAAGAGGCCUAG